UUAUAUCACACUCAUUAUUUUAUUACACCUAUGGAGCUUCAAGUGAGGUAUUGUUCUUCAUCAGGUCGAUGGCCUUGGUUUGAUUGAUGUCGCUUCUAAAGACGAUAUAGCCUUCUCUUCUCUUCGUUCCCCCUCGACCCAAACUACGAUUUUUUCCGAGACGGAUAAGGAUGAGAAAUGUUUGAAGGAUGACAAAGAUCUGGAUUUUAUCUCCACAUUUCGAAGUGACUCUACUGUGGAAAACAGUCAGGAGUUUGUUUUGUUUGAAGAUGUAAGAGCGUCUAGUAUUUAAAGCAUCUGAUGCUAAAAUUGAUGACCAACAGAAGUAGCAACUAGCCCAAAUACGGGGGAUGUACUUGCCUCAUCAGGAACACAGACUAAACCCAAAGCCAGUCUUAGAAAUCAGAGUGCUAGGGAAGGCAACAAAACAGAUAGUGGAUAUGUAAUCAGAAAAGAUAUUGGUUCUUAAAGUGCUUUACACUUGUUUAUGAAAGAUACUAUAUGACCUUGAAUAAUACAACAGGUAAGGAGCCUCUGGGUCCCAGAAUACCCAUUUCACGACGUGCUAAAGCCGUCUUGCCAAAACCUGGUGUUCCCGUUAAAUCUUCUUUACGUUCUUCAGUUGCUUCAAAGAAUGAAACGCCCUCUUCAUGCUCUUCUCUAGAGAGCUGUGCCAGUGCUUCAUCUAGCGCUUCUCACAAGCCUUCUCAAGAUCCAAUAAAGAAGAAGAAUGAGUCAUGCUCCAGAUUAGCUUCCCAGUCAUUGGUAAAUCGAUCUACAUCUAGAGGUAUUAUGGGCCAACCGAGAAUCUCACCCCACCUAACCAAUAAGACAACCAAGUCCAAGCUUUCCUCUAGUGUACCAUCUGUUGGUUCUAUCAGUGACUGUUAAUCAGAGUCAGUCACGAGCUUCUGCUAAUGGUAACAAGGAAAUGGUCUCUGGUGACAAGGGCCCUCCUGCAAAUGAUAAUUCAGUACAAACUGUGAAGCCUCUGAAGAACUCUAAAGAUGUAUCUGUUGCCCAAGCUGAUGCUAAAGAAGGCAUGAAACGAGUUUCAGCUAUCAGCGGUGGUUCGGUUCCUCCAACUUCCAUGAAACCAUCAGGUCUUCGUGUGCCAUCACCAACUAUCAGAUUCUUUGAUGGAGCCAGACAUGGAUCUGUAUCGGCCAGUAAGAAGUCUGGAAAGUCUCAACCCGUAAGGUCUCCAAUACAAGAGUCAUCGAAUGCAAAAACUAAGGCAAGUUCAAAGCUUGUCUCUGCCUCAUCUCCUAAACUGCCAAAGAUUGUAUUCCAAAAUCAAUGCAGAUGAUCAACUCGAGGGAUGAUGAGGAUGAGCUGCAUGAAAGGAAUCAAUAGAAGACUUGACACAAAUUGGGAAUCCGCUUCUGCUUCCUUUUGACUAUAAUUUAUUAGAAGUUAUGGGGCCAAACUGUAAAUUAAAGAUAUGUGAAUUAGAGUACAACUCUGUUUUUUCAAACUCAGAGGUUUUGUUUGACGGUCAAACUUUGACUCCUUUCUCUCUCGGUUAUAAAAACAAUAUCUCAGUUCUGUCUGAAUCAUCGACGUUUGUAUUGUAUCCCUCUCUCACUAGCUUAGAGACCCAUUUCGACUCUCUCUUUCUCUCUAGCUUCUUACAUCUCCAUGGCUGAGCCUGAACAUGAUGAUGACGUUUUGCUUCCUCGUUUCUUCAAGGUGUACGUCUCUCAUACAUCCUCUGAAUCAUUUGCGAUUCCUUUGUCUUUCAUGGAACAUCUUGCUGAUCCAUUGCCAAACACAGCAAAGCUCCAAGGCACUGGAGGAAGAGAUUGGACAGUGAGCAUGAAGAAAAUACGUGACGGUGUGUAUUUUACAGCUGGAUGGUCAAAGUUUGCACAGGACCAUGAACUUGUGGACGGAGAGUACUUGACAUUCGUGUAUGAUGGUAACCGAACCUUUGAAGUUAGUGUGUUCGGUCGUUUGGGUUGUAAAGAGACCAGAGCUGAAACGGAGACACUAGAGCUUUCUGGUUCUAGUUCUGAUUCUGAAGAAGACGAAGAAGAACCUCCAACGGAUGUUGACUAUGACAUUAGCUUAGGUGAAGAUGAAGAAAUCAGCCAGAGUCUUUAUCCACUUGAGGAGGAAGAGACUGAAUCUGAUGCUGCUGCAGUUUUUGAAGGGAACGUAGACAUUAAAGCGCUAACUAAUCCACACUUUCCAACCACCCUCAAGGACAGGAAUACUGAACUGAUUAUUCCAGCCAGUGUUGUGAGAGAAAAUGAGCUUAUAUUUGGUGAUUCCGUAAAGUACAUUGAUGGUGAAGGGACCUUGGUAGGGCUUAGAUGCAAAUGGGCACUUGAGAAGGUUUGUUUCAAAGGAUGGAACAGGAUUUGCAGAAGGAACAGGCUUAAGAAACACCAAGAUACUGUUGAAUGCGAGCUUCUUCAUGACCGAGAGAAAAUGGUUCAUUCCAUCAGAGUCCACGUCAUCCGCGGAACUGCUUGAUCCUCUCAUCACCAUCACCAUCAUCAUCACUAUCACCAUCAUCAUUAUCAUAAGUACUGUGACAUGAGUUGCUAUGACUUUUGUGUUCUUAUGUUUCUUCUCAGGUUUUAUCAUAGUGGUAGUACCUUCUUCAUCCUCAAGAAAACUUAUGAACUUAUAGCUGUUUCUUGUUAUGUUUUGUAUGCUAGUAUUCCAUAAUGGGGACGAA